ACCGAAACUCCCCUACCCCCCUCCCGUUUUAUUAAUCUCUUUCCUGCCUUGCAGAGAAGUAUGACCACAGACAUCUCAUUGGAGACCUUUCAGCUAGGCCCCUUUAGGGUACCCAGGCUCUUCACAGGCCUGUGGCAGCUGUCCAGCAAUGCCUGGGGCAGCGCCUCUACUCCCAAGAUACGCAGCCAAAUGGCGCAGUACGCGGAAGCAGGAUACACCGCCUUUGACAUGGCUGACCACUAUGGCAGUGCAGAGAUCAUCUUUGGACAAUUCAGAAGGAACUUCCGCGCACCGGGAAGUAUCAUGGGCGGUACCAAGUGGUGUGUAUUCCGCAAGACAGAUCCGACACGGGCGGUCGUCGAGGCCGCCGUGCAAGAACGUUUAGACCGCAUGCAGUCCCAGCGUGUCGACCUCCUACAGUUUCAUUGGCAGGACUACAGCGACAAGGGCUACCUGACCGCCCUGCGGCACCUCCAGGACCUCCAGCGCGAAGGCAGGAUCGUGACCCUUGGGCUAUGCAAUUUUGACGCGAUCAGGACGGACGAGAUUUGCACAGAGCUCGGGCCCGGCGCGAUUGUGUCGAAUCAAGUUCAGUUUUCCUUGAUUGAUACUAGGCCCCUGCAUGGGAUGGCAGACGUCUGCGAACGGCACCAUGUCAAGCUUCUCACGUACGGUACUGUGUGCGGCGGGUUCCUCGCAGAUAAAUGGCUUGGUCAGCCAGAGCCUGAUUUGUACUCCGGCAACCUAACACCAUCCCAGAGGAAGUAUCUCGACAUGAUCUUGAAGGCGUGGGGCGACUGGCCGCUGUUCCAGAGCCUGCUCUCCGUCCUGCGUACGAUCGGGGACCGCCACGGCGGCGCGAGCAUCGCGAACGUGGCCACACGAUGGGUGCUGGACCAUCCGUGCGUCGGCGCCGUCAUCAUCGGAGCGCGCCUCGGGUUGUCUGAACACACGGACGAUAACCGGCGAGUAUUCACCUUCCGACUCACCGCGGGGGACCAUGCAGAAAUCGACGCGGUGCUCGAUCGGAGCAACGGACGGAGGCUCAUCACGUCUAUUGGCGAUUGUGGCGCGGAGUAUCGCUAGCCGGGCGGACCAUCGCAAACUACGAUGCUUGGCUUAGUUGUCGGGAAGGAAUUGUCACAGAAAUUGUCACAGUAUUGCACAGAUGAAUGUGUACAGAUCAUGGGAGCUAAAUUAUGGAACUCUUGAGUGCGGACAUAUCGGCGGGGG